GUAUUUUGAAAAAGCAUUUUUAGGUUUUUGGACACGACAAAUUUUGAAGAUGCGCUAGGUAGUUCUGAAAUGAUGAAAGAAACUGCGUAUGAGACUAAGAGAGCGGAGGUGGCGAUUAUUCAGAAGAAAAUUGAUGAGUUGAAGAAGGAAAAGGAAAAAAUAAGAAAGGAACGAGACAUACUGGAGCGUAAUAACCCUGAAACUAUUAAUUCUGUGAAAUCGGGAGUCGGAGAGAUAAUUAGGAAAGAAAAGAAACCAAAGAAAGAUAAGAAAAUAAAGAAAGAGCGGGCAGAGAAAGAAAAGAAUACUGAUCAGAAUAAGAACAAAAAGAUAAAAGGACCUGGAGAUAAAAUCAGAAAACAGAUGAGAAGAAUCGAAACUAUGGAAUUGAUGGAAUGGGGACUAAGUUUUAAGAUGCCAGCAUCUACCAGUUCACACAUACAGGAGGUUUCUUCAACCAAGCCAGCCUCAGUUUUCAGUCCUGAAGGUUCAGACGAGACGAUGGUUACCUGUGCCGUCUCAACUGAAUUAAAGGUAUCUGAAACCAAGCAAGCUACAGUCUUAAGUCCACAAGGUGUAGAAGAGGGGAAAAAUACUUCUGACCAAGUCUCGUAUGUAUUAAAGGAUGAGCUCAGUAACAUUGAAUCAGACGAAUCUAGCAGAGUGGAAUGGGAGAGUCUUUUCCCCUGUCCCAGAAUAGUUGAAGAUAUGAUCGACCAUUCUCAAGAUGUUUUGGAGACUGGUGAAGAGCUUAGGUCAAGAUUUUUCCGGGAGAUUCAAGCUGAGCUAGAUCAGGCUGCUGAGUGGAAUUAUCAAACAUCAGUCCUGAAAUCUCUUCUGGCCACCGCCGCCGGAGUAGGUAAAUCCAACUCAGAAGUCAAGAUUGAUAUCUCUGAUACGGUUCCAGUUGAGAAUAAUGAGAUCGGAAACCAUGAUCAGAUCGAUCAAGUUGGUCAUGUCCAGAUUCAAGGUUCUCAUCAAGACCUCAAUGCACAACCAGAACCAGAUUUUUGUUGUCCCGGUAUUGGGCUCGGGUCUAUAGAACAUGCGAGUCUGAAUUCUAGAGUUUUGGCCGAUCUAGACCAGGAAGGAAUACUACUGCGAGAAUUCUUGGAUAUUGGAUUCUAUUCAGAGAUAUCUACGGUUGUUCCUGAUAAUGUCCAGGUUCUUACCCCAUCUUCACCGGUUUUCCAGGAUGAAAAUGAACCUGCUCCAGCCCUAUCUUCACCAGUUCUUCUGGAUGAGAAUGAACCUGCUUCAACCCUAUUUUUACAGGUUCUCCGGGAGGAGAAUGAACCUGCUCCAAUGGAGUUUUCUCCAUUUGCUCCAGUUACUACAAGGAGUCCUGAACCUGGGUUCUAUUAUUGGAAUUCUCAGGAUGAAAUUUCCCCUGUGGUCACUUCAGUUCUUCAGAAGUCUAUUGGAGGUUGCGUCUCUUUGUUGGAUAGAAAUUCCUUUGAUUUAUCUCACGUUGAAGAACUUUCUCAGGGAAACCAAAAGAGCUUUUCCACAGUUGAAACCCUUGAUACUCCACGAAUGAAAGAUCAUCUUAUCGAGGUAUUGAAAUCACUUGGUGUUUCAGAUGCAGAAUUUGAACAGAACCUUGAGACGAGGAUUGCUCCGUGCGAUGGAUUUCAACAGAAUCUGGAAACUGAUCUUGCUCCAAGUACUGAACUUCAGUAUCCUAACAAUAAGCGUGAUUUAUACUCGGUAUUUCAACAGAAUUCAGAAAUUAAUCUUGCUUCACACCCUGAAUAUCAACAGAAUCCGAAAAUCAAUCGUGCUUCACACCUUGAAUAUCAAAAGUAUCCGGAUGCUGAUCUUGCUUCAUCUACUGAAGUUCUGAAGAUCCCAAAGACUAAUAAGUUUCUUCAUAAUACAGAGUAUGGUCUUGCUCCAUGCUUGGAAUCUAUUGUUACCUCAUGCGCUAAACCUCGACAGAAUUUGAAGAUAAAGCAAUCAAUACAGAAUCCAGAUACUGAGCUUACCCCACGCCCUCAAUUUCAGGAGAUCGUAGAGACUGAGUUUGCUCCAUGCCCUGAAUUUCAACAGAAUCCUACAAAAGUGCUUGCUCCGUCCCUUGAAUUUCAAAAGAUUUUAAAGACUGAGGUUUCCUCACAUCCGGAAUUUCCACAGAAUAUUAAGCCUAAUGAUGCUUCACAUCCUGAAUCUUGUCAGAAACCAGAGAUUAAGCUUGCUCCCUGUCCUGUACUUCAGAAAACUCCGGAGACAAAGCUUUUUCCAUGUUCAGAAUGUCCUCAGGAUCCGAUAAGUAAUCUUGCUCCACUCUCUGAUUUUUCACAGAAUUCAGCGAUUAAUCUUGCUUUGGUUUACGAAUUUCAAGAGAAGCCAGGUACCGAGUUUGCUUCUUGCCCUCAGUUUCAACAAGAUCCGGCGAUAAAGCUUGCUCCAUCCUCUGAAAUUAAUGAGACUUCAGAGACUAAGGUUGCUCCAUGUCCUAACUCUAAAUAUAAUCCAAAGACCAGAGUCUCUCUACUUGAACUUCAGGAAAUCCCAGAGAUAAAGUUUUCACUGCACCUUGAAUCUCAACAAAAUCUGAUAACGGAGCUAGCUUCAUCACCCGAACUUCAGAAGACCCCUGAAUUGCAUCAGACUCCUGUCAUAGAGGUUGGUCCAUCCCCUGAAAUUCAACUUGUUCUUAAUACAAAGCUUGGCUCAAAAACUGAUGCUGUUUCGGAUACGAAAGUAAAUGAGAUCAAUACUUCUCAUGAUGCAGAAAAUAAUCUUCCAGUGAAACAGCUGUUAGAAUUAGAACCCAAACCAGCGACAAGUCUUAUCCUAGAGACAAAGGAUACUUUAAGUAACUAUUCUAAGACUGAGCUUUUCACCCAUACAGAGACAAAAAUUAUCCUGGAUACAGAGAAUUCUUCAAGAAACAAUACAAUUCCCAAGACGCCUCCCAAUACAGAGACAAGUAUUAUCCUGGAUACAGAGAAUGCUUCAAGGUACAAUACUAUUCCCGAGACGUUUUCCAAUACAGAGACAAGUCUUGUCCUGGAUACAGAGAAUGCUUCAAGUAACAAUACAAUUCCCAAGACGCCUCCCAAUACAGAGACAAGUCUUGUCCUGGAUACAGAGAAUGCUUCAAGAAACAAUACAAUUCCCAAGACGCCUCCCAAUACAGAGACAAGUCUUAUCCUGGAUACAGAGAAUGCUUCAAGUAACAAUACAAUUCCCGAAACGUUUUCCAAUACAGAGACAAGUUUUAUCCUGGAUACAGAGAAUGCUUCAAGUAACAAUACAAUUCCCAAGACGCCUCCCAAUACAGAGACAAGUCUUAUCUUGGAUAUAAAGGAUGCUUCAAAGACUGAGUUGUUUCCUAAUACUGAAAUAAUCCGAAGUAAAUACCUUGAACCUGUUUUAAAAAACGAAGAUUUACCGGAUUUGCAGGAGAAGGAUAAAUCCUCCCUGCAUAGAAUUCUUUCGCUCUACAGAACAAGGAUGAGACGUGACAGUGUUAACUAUCAAAAUGUUUUCAAUCUUGCCGAGAUUUCGGAUGACAAGGAUGAAUCGGAGAAAACUUCGUCCGAAUCUGAAUCCGAUUCGUUCAGCUCGGACCCUGAUUCGUCCAGCUCGGACCCUGAUUCGUCCAGCUCGGACUCUGAUUUACCAACAGGAAACGAAAUCAUUACGAUGAGCAUGGUCAAGGUUGGUAAUAAACCUGAACUGCCAGUCAGCAAAUCAAGAAAUAACGAUUGCAAGCUUGCUAGGAAAAGUCAAGAUAGAUGUAUUGGUUAUGAGGAGUUUAAAGAACGACUAGAAGUAUCUGAAGGAUGUCGCAGUAUUGAGAAGAAAAGACAAUGUGACAACUCAACCAAAAUAACUUCAAAAGGUGGUGAAAUGGUCCUUGAAGUUUAUAAAUAUCCUAUGUUUUCUGGAACCCCUAUUCCUGUGAUCCAACUAAGUGAGUCCCUCAACCAACCCAACCCAUUUUCAAGUGUCUCUGGAUAUAUUAUACCAACUAUACUUUCAACCUCCACUGGAUAUCCUUGUAUCUCUAAACCUGCAACCUCUACUGGAUAUCCUUUUAUCUCUAAACCAGCAACCUCCACUGGAUAUCCUUGUAUCUCUAAACCUGCAACCUCUACUGGAUAUCCUUGUAUCUCUAAACCAGCAACCUCUACUGGAUAUCCUUGUAUCUCUAAACCAGCAAACUCUACUGGAUAUCCUUUCAUCUCUAAACCAGCAACCUUUACUGGAUAUCCUUGUAUCUCUAAACCAGCAACCUCUACUGGAUAUCCUUGUAUCUCUAAACCAGCAACCUCCACUGGAUAUUCUUGCUCUUCUAUAUAUCCAAGUGCACCGAUAGCUGAUGCAGGUAAAGGAUUUAUCUCUACUGUAUCAUCUCAAAAAUUGUUCGAUUUCUGUGUUCCCCCUCCCACUCCUAAUGAAGCCUUCGUUUCUCCUUACCGAGGAAAACUUACUAAAACUCAAGACUUUAUUAAUCCUGGAGACUAUUCUAUUCUUCAUCCCAAUCCUCGCCAGUUUCAUAAUCAGAACAUGAACCUAAAGGACCAUAGUCCUGUUAUCGAAACCAAGCACAUUUUAAACCAUAGAAGGUGCGAGAAACUUGACAAAAGUUAUAAUUUUACCUCGGAGACAGGACAGAGCUGUGCAGAUGUCUACUCUAACGAAGGAUGGAAGAAUGAUCAAAGGGUGCGCGAGACCUGGCAAAAAUACAAGGGUCGGAGACAAUAUAACAACCAGGAAGAUAUUACAAGCUGGGACACAAGGAGCAAUUAUAAUCACAUUGGUCGUAAUAAAGAUCUACGAGAUUAUCUGGAUCAGUGUCCUAAUCAUCAAUGGGAUCGAAACUAUACUCAAGGAUCUCAAUAUGGAUUGAAAAAUCGUAGUUCUGAAAGGAGUCUGGAAGGCCGGAAGUAUCCAAGUAGAUAUUCCUACAGUCUGGAUCCACGAUCUUAUAUUAAAAGAGCAAGGUAUAGCGAUCAUUAGCGAUCUGAAUCAGUUCUCUUUUUGGUCCUUCACAAUAUCGGAGAACUGACUGAGCUUAAAUACCAAGGCUUUACUCAAAGGACCGGAAUGGUGUGACUUAGCAUUGCUGUGUUUUCCCCCCAGUUUGUUUAAGUCAGGUGUUGGAUAGCAUGACUAGUGAAAUCAAAGCAUUUUAGUGUAAUUUUGACUGUAACUUUUACAGGUUUAAGUGUAUUUUAAAGCGGAGAAAAAGAAAAAAACGAGUCGGCAAUUCAACCUGAUAUAAAGUGACAUCAAACAUAUGUUCAUGCUAUUUUAAGUUGUAAUGUAAGGACCAAUAUUAUUUCGGACUCAAUUACUACUUGUACAUAUAUUAUUUGAAAAUUUUAAAUGGUGAAAUUUUGACCAAAGAUUUAAAAUGUUCAUAUGUAAAUAAGUUUACACAUUUUUGAUUUGUAUUGUUUGGCACCAUUUUGUGAUAAUCAUUGAAAAUUGUAGUUUUCAUUUAUGUAAAUUCUAAAUAUAGGACUUUCAAGCGU